AUGGUGGAGGCAACACUAAUUAACACAACUAAUUGUCCUGACCUCACUUGUUUGCCAACAAGCAUGGAAAAUCUUACCAAAUUGAAGCAUCUUGACAUCAAGGGGACGCCUAUCUCGCAAAUGCCUCCAAAUUUCGGUAAUUUGAAACGUCUUCAUCUGUUGACUAAUUUUGUUGUGGGCAACAAUAUUGGGUCAACUAUUAGUGAGGUAAAGGAUCUUUCUCUUCUACAUGGCAACCUUUCCAUCUUGCGACUACAGAAUGUCUCUCAAACAGCAGAUGCAGAAAAGGCCAAUUUAAAGGAUAAGAAAUACCUUCGUGAGUUAAUUUUGGAAUGGGAUGUUGAUCCGCGUGAUGGCAAUGCACAAAUUGCAGCACGUAAUCCUCGUAAUGGAAAUAUAGAGAAUGCAGCGGAUAAUCCUCAUAAUGGCCAUGCAGAGAAUGCAGAAGAUGAACCUCUUAAUGGUCGUGCACAGAAUGCAGUAGGUGAUCCAUCUAAUGGUAAUGUGAGGAAUGCCGCAAAUGAUCCUCAAAACAGUGAUGCAGAGAUUGCAGCAGGCAGUCCUCGUAUUAAUGGUAAUACACAGAAUGCAGUGGAUGAUUCUCAGAAUCGUAGUGCGGAGCAUGCAGUGAAUGUACUUGACAAGCUACAGCCUGCCAAGAAUUUGGAGAGGCUCCAGAUUAAAAACUUCUUCGGUAUGAGUUUACCAAGAUGGCUAGGGAAUGCUUUAUUCUCAAAAAUGAAGAGCAUAACCCUUGAAAAUUGCCAAAAUUGCAACUCACUGCCACCACUUGGGCAACUACCCUCGCUCAAAGAACUCGCCAUAUACGGCAUGGCGGGAGUAAAAAUCGUGGGCCCCGAAUUCUACGGUGGUGGUGUCAUCGCCUUCAAGUCCCUGGAAACGAUAUGGUUCGAAAAUAUGGAAAAUUGGGAGCAAUGGUUACCUUUCUGCAAUGAACCAAGAUUCCCGUCCCUUCACACUCUCAUUUUGUUUAGAUGUAGGAAACUGACUGGGGAUCUUCCCACCCAACAUCUCACUUUGGAAGAACAUAUCCAAGAGUGUGACAAUUUAAAAAGAUGUCAAGGUCCGAUAAACGAAUAACCUCUUCUCUAGCAAUUGCAAUAUGGCAAGCUGCGAAAAUCUUCAACCAGCCAGUUUAACUGAUUUCUUGACCCAACUUGAAGAUGUCGAAGUAAGUCCAGUAUUGUUUGUUUGUUCAUCUCUUCGGUUUUCUAGAAUGACACGCUCAAUACAUAGAAGCAUACCUUGAGGAAGUUGGUUUCCCACCUUUGAAUUACUUUCAAUUAACAAUUUCGCUGGCCUCACCCCGAUCAAGCAACGGUGGAGAUUUGAAGAUUAAGAGACCUGGCUGAGCAAACUUGUUUCCAACUGGUUGAAGUGGCAAAGUCUCAACGAACACAAAUUUAAUUUGGAGAUAAGCCGAAAUAUGGGUUCUUGAAGAAUCUGAAAGUGGCUGAGUAUUCUAAAAUAAAUUUCGAGCGGUAGAGCAUAUGAAGAGGUGGCUGGAACUGGAACGUGCUAUAUAUACUGCUAUAUGUUCUCUUACAGGUGUAAUCUUGCUAUAUAAACUGCUAUCAACAGUUCUUUACCCCCUCUCCAACCAAUAUCAGAUUCAUGGAGUGAAAUUAUUUGUAUCUUUCCACCAUCUAAUGGUGAGAUUUUUUUUAGCAUCAGAAUUGUCACAGGGACAUUGUCUUAAGUGUUUGUUUAUAUCAUUUUUGUAUAA